AUGCUUGAGGGUGCCAAGCCAUACUUUAACAUGGACCCUGGCUACCUGGAAGGCCUGGUGCAAGGGUGCAAAGUCAGCCUCCUGACCCAGCAGGGCUACAUCAACCUGGUCCAGUGUGAGACCCUGGAAGAUGUGAAAAUUCGUCUCCAGGCCACUGAUUAUGGCAACUUCUUGGCUAAUCUAACAAAUCCUCUUACUGUUUCUGUUUCCAGAAUUGACACUGAGAAAUGCAGAGAAUUUGAAUAUUUCUGCAAUCAUUCCCUGGAACUCCUGAGCACAUUUUUUACACAUAUGACAUGCAGUUAUAUGAAAAACAACAUGAUUCUACUGAUGAACGGUGCAUUGCAAAGAAGGAAAGAAAGAAAGAAAGAAAGACCUAUGGAAGAAAUUCUGGUGAAGUGCCACCUAUUGGGCUGUUUCACAGAAAUGGAAGUGAUCAACAUUUCAGAGACACCGAACCGAUCUCUUAAUGCUGCUCUGGUUGAAACACCAUUAGCUCCAUUCUUUCAAGAUUGUAUGUCUGAAAAUAACCUAGUUGAACUGAGUGUUGAAUUACUGCACAUUAAACCGUACAAGUCUCACCCUGAGGCAUCCUAUAAAUUCUGUAAGAAUCAUGGUGAGGUCACAGUAGAAAUUACGUGUCCCAUUCUUGAGUUUGAGGCUGCCAGAGGUGCUUCUAUCAUCACUUUUAACUCCUUUGGCACUGAACCAAGCAAAGGCGACCAGGAGACCAUUUACCCAACCUAUGGCAAGCUCUGUCUUGAGGGGUGGUGCCUGUGGGCUCAAGCAGAAGACUUCCAUCAGGUGAGACGAGUAGCGGACCACUAAGUGGACCAGCCUUUGUUUGAGGCUGUGGGUGAUGGCAGCAGAGGAAAGACUUUGGAGGAUGUGUUUUAUGAGUGUGAGAUAGAAAUGAACGUGCUGACAUUCAACAGGCAAUCCCACCAUAGCAUGCUUCACGCAUACACAAAGCUGAAGGAGCAAGAAAUGAGAAAUAUCAUGUGGAUAAUAGAAUGCAUGUCAAAAAACCAUCAAAGUAAAAUUAACAGUUACAUUCCAAUUUAUAACCCAGUGUGGGGCCUCAAAUGCAGAAAAUCAUAAAUAUUAAGGAGAGGAUUUGAGGAAAGUCAAAAGAAUUGCAUUAUAUUACCUGGGUUAUACAAAAAUAAUCCAUGCUGCACUUCAUGAAUUGCAGACCCAAUGGAAAUAUAGUAAACCAACCCAGAAAUAAAGUGUUUCUUCCUUUUUUUUUCCCAGCAGCCUUAAAUGUUGUUUCCGUGUUUAUGUCUCAUUCUUUACCAGACCAUAGACAUUAAUUCUGAUUAAUCCUAUGUGCUUUUCCUAUU